AUGUCGUCUUCCCUUGACGAGGCCGCGGCGGAGAAGGCCAAGGCGCGCGAAGCCCUCAUCGGAUCAGCGGGUAUGGAGCAGUUGAUCAAGAUGGUCGCACAAGACGAUGGCGAGGACGAAGAAGCCCCCCCCGCCAAGGCGGCGCCGCCUACCCCGGCCUCGCCACCGGCCGGAAACUAGUUCAAAUUAGACGUCCAUGCUGCUACUACUGCUAUCAUCGCUGGUGCCAUGGUUCCGGUUUCCGGUGCUGCUGCCGCAACGCUGCGGCGGAUGCUCUGCUGCCGGUGCCUUUAAACCACGCGGUGGUGGUCAGGACGUACAAAUAUUUUUUCUUGAACGCCAGCGGCGUUUUUGAUACGGGGAUGGAAUUGACAGGAGGAUGAACGGUACAACUGUAGUCCAAUUCAUCCUUCGCUACUCUGCAUGGCGCGCAUGUAGUGACUUUUUUUCAAUUUCAUAGACUUGGAGGGGGGGGGGGGAGGGCAUUUGGACAUUGGAGUUCGUCUCAUUGAGCGGAAUUUUGUGAAGUUGCAGGUGUCUUGUUUCAGCUGGUAAGGCGUGUUGAUGGGGCUGACUUUGCUCGCGUUAAAUCCUUCUCGGAAAAGAGGAUACAAGGAAAGGACUGGUGAAUAGAACAUAAUAGAUAUGUCUUCCCCCCCCCCCCCCCUCUGGACGUGAUGCGUUCUAAGCCGGGUGCCCCCUGGGCUCGGGGGAAGCCAGCACUCUUGAUGGAUCACGAGCAGGGGCCGAGGGUUUCGUUGUCAUUGCGCCGGGUCGUGCACGCGGCAAACGUCUUCUUUAGGCCUUGUGGCGGCCGGUGUUGGGUGGAAGGCCGGUCGGUAUAGAGAUUAGAGCACGCGUGCGGAGGAGGGACAUUACAGCGAUUGGUUUUCGUGACGAUAAGAUUUU